AUGCCAACCUCGUUCUACAACGGAAUCGAGAACAACACCAACCCAACGCGCAAUGCGCUGUGGGUGUCGCUGUCUGCGCUGCUGUACGGUGUCAAGGGCUACGAUUCUGGGAUGUUGAACGCCCUUCAAGCCGUUCCCAAGUUCUACGAAGCUUUCCCUCAACUCAAGACCGAUUCUCGUCUUCUCGGCACGACGACAGCAUUGAUGUACCUCCCAGGCUUGGUAUUUCCUGCCUUUGGUGCGUGGCUCGCAGACAAAGUCGGUCGCAAGAUCCCGCUGCUCGUCGCCAUCUUCGGAGCAAUCAUCACACCCAUCAUCCAGGCGUUUUCCGUCAAUCUCGGUCAGCUCAUGGCCGGUCGCUUCCUGAUGGGCAUGUUCUCCUGCGUUGGCGCUGUCUCUGGCCUGGCUAUGUGUGCUGAGCUUUCUCACCCUCGUUUCCGCGCCCAAGCCAUGUCACUCCAGCUGAGUAUGUACUUCAUCGGAAACAUCCUCUGCUCGUCUACGUCGUACGCGACUAUUGCGCACCUCAAGCAGUCGACAUGGUCGUACAAGCUUCCCCUUCUGCUCCAGCUGGUGCUCCCCGCGAUCUGUCUCCCUCUCGCCAUUUGGAUCCCUCAGUCGCCCCGCUGGCUCAUCUCCAAGGGUCGCGUCGAGGAGGCUCGCCAGAUCCUGGCCAACUUGCACGCCAACGGCAAGCUUGACGACCCUCUUGUCGAGCACGAGAUCCUCGAGGUGGAGAAUGCGAUUGCGCUCGAGAAGGAGCAGCACGUCGGAUGGCUCUCGCUCCUCAAGACCAAGGCGAACCGCUGGCGCAUGUUCAUCGUCGUGCACAGCGCCGCUGGCGCCCAGCUCAACGGUAUCGGUAUUAUCGCAUACUACCUCGUCCCCAUGCUCAAGGUUGUCGGCAUCACCGACUCCAAGGUCCAGUCCCAGCUCCUGAUCGGCAUGGGUGUGAUGAACCUCUGCGUCAACACUGGUGCCACCUACGUCGUCGACCGUGCCGGACGCCGGCCGAUGUGGCUCUCGUCUACGCUCGGCAUGCUCAUCUCCCUCAUCGUCAUCACCGGCACCUCGGCCGCAUUCACGAAGAACCCGAACCCGUCGCUUGGUAGUGCCACCGUCGCGUUCAUCUUCCUCUUCUAG